CUGUCCGCAGUCUCUGGUCAUCCCUGUGCUGUCCGCAGUCUCUGGUCAUCCCUGUGCUGUCCGCAGUCUCUGGUCAUCCCUGUGCUGUCCGCAGUCUCUGGUCAUCCCUGUGCUGUCCGCAGUCUCUGGUCAUCCCUGUGCUGUCCGCAGUCUCUGUCUCUGGUCAUCCCUGUACUGUGUCCGCAGUCUCUGGUCAUCCCUGUACUGUCCGCAGUCUCUGGUCAUCCCUGUACUGUCCGCAGUCUCUGGUCAUCUCCUGUACUGUGUCCGCAGUCUCUGGUCAUCCCUGUACUGUGUCCGCAGUCUCUGGUCAUCCCUGUACUGUGUCCGCAGUCUCUGGUCAUCCCUGUACUGUGUCCGCAGUCUCUGGUCAUCCCUGUACUGUGUCCGCAGUCUCUGGUCAUCCCUGUACUGUGUCCGCAGUCUCUGGUCAUCCCUGUACUGUCUGCAGUUCUGGUCAUCCCUGUACUGUGUCCGCAGUCUCUGGUCAUCCCUGUACUGUCCGCAGUUCUGGUCAUCCCUGUACUGUCCGCAGUCUCUGGUCAUCUCCUGUACUGUGUCCGCAGUCUCUGGUCAUCCCUG